GCUCAGUUUCACUUCGUCAUUCGGAGCUCACGGAUCGGGUCCGGGUCAGAACUGGAGAGUCUCCUUCCUCCGAACCUCCUCACGGACUGAGCUGGACCUCGUGCUGGUUCCGACGGCGUUGUUGCGUUGAAGUAACGAGUUUUCUCCGCUCUGAAGCGGUUUUUCCUCUGGACCCGUCUCACAUGUAGACUCGAUGACCAUGAGAACCCAGAACCCCAGGCAGACCUCCACACACACGCUUCCACCCCAGAAACCAGUCCUCCCGCAGGUCCGCUACCACCCCUCUAUUCAAGUCCCAGCAGACAAAACCGCUUCCACAGGCAGAACCUGGACCAGAGCAGCUACUGCAAGGCCCCUCCAGACCAGAACCAACAGCGAGGACGUCAAAGGGAAAAGGGUUCCCAACAGACCUGAUCCUGAUGGUAAAACGAGACUUGGAGAGGAAACGACACCUACAGGUCCUGUUCUUUCUCAUAAACCAGGUCCAGCAGAUGGACCUUCAGCCAAAACCUCUUUAAGGGUCAGGACAAGCCAAACUUCCAGGGGUGGAACCACUUCUGCACAGUCUCAAAAGGGUGGCAACAAAACUGGGCCUGGCGUGAGACCAGAUCCUGAUGGAGAACAAGAACCAGCUCAUCCCAGACCUCAGCAGCUCCUACUGGACUCUGAAGUGAACCUGGACCAGGAUUUGGUGGAUCAGGUAGAGGUCUGGACUCGUGGGCAGAGGCUCAACAAGCACUGGUUCUCUUGGCGGAAGAACCGAAUCACGGCCUCCGUGGCUCACGGCAUCGCUCACUGUCGCUUUGUGAACGGCAAGAGUCAAACCCCGCCUCAGUCCUACCUGGACGCAGUCACAGGGGACAGGCCAAGAGUCCAGACCAGAGCCAUGAGCUGGGGGAUCCAGAUGGAGGCGGAGGCGGUCCGAAAGUACCAGGAGCUGAAGUCAGCGGUUUUGGGCCGUCCGGUCUCAGUUCAAGACUGCGGUCUGUACAUCGACCCUAAGCGGUCCUGGUUGGCUGCGAGUCCUGAUGGCGUCGUGACCGACCGCCGGACGGGCCAGCGGCUCCUCUGCCUGGAGGUGAAGUGUCCCUUCAAGCACCGACACAGGCGGGUGGAGGACGCCUGCCGGGAGGACCCCGCCUUCUGCCUGCAGCUUCAACCCGGACAUCCGCCUGGGUACCAACUGAAGACCACCCACAGUUACUUCACCCAAAUCCAGUGCCAGCUGGCCGUGACGGGCCUGCAGCAGGCCGACCUGGUCGUCUUCACCCUGCAGGAGAUGGCGGUGGUUCCGGUGAGCUUCCAGCCUGAGCUGUGGCAGGAAACCGUGUCCAAGCUGGAGCUGUUCUACACCAACGCCGUCCUGCCCCACAUCCGGCUCCAGCUGCAGAACCGUGCCGGGCCUGCAGCAAGAACCGAGCUCUAGAAGCUCCAGUCAGCAUCCAGAGACGCUCGGCGGGUCAGAACCAGGAGCAGCCCCCAGACCUAAUGUCCUUAGAUCACUGGUACUGCCAGUGUUAACACUUUUCCUCCAGAGCUGUGGGCAGUCACAGGAAACGGCACACCACCGCCACUUCUCCACCGCCACCUCUACUGAAAAUCCAUGGGAUCCUGAAGCGGAAAAAAGCCGUUUUCCUCCGGGUCAGAAUCCACUCCACUGCUGUAAAGUGUUGCUGCGUUUCUCCGCUUCAGAAUCCGUUGAAUUUCGUUGGUGUGUAAACGGUAAUUCUGCGAACGUUAGCGCUAAACGCUAAAACUCUGAUGUUACCGCGUUAGAAACGAGUGUCCGAGCAAAAGCAGAGAUGGAGCGCCACUUACAGAAAAUCACAUCUAGAGGUCAAAGGUCAAACUUUAGCCACACCCUUUUGCCUUCAGAUCCGUUCAUUAAGUAACCACUAGGGGGCCUGUUACAGUUAAAGGGUCUAUACCGGGGGUCUGCAACCUCCUUUAUCUCUCCAUGGUGGAUCUCUGGCUGAAGAAAAAUACAAUUAUAGUCACAAGUAAGGAUGACUUAGUUAGUAUUUACAGUGUGUAUACUCAGGAUUCACACUCCAGUGAUUCUUCUGCUCCUUUCUGUACGUUAAAACUCAAUCACACUUUCAGCAAUCUUGGUAUCAAAACAUUCAGGACGUUACUGCUUGUAUUUUUGGUAUUCAUAAACUAUAGUUUUUGAAAUAUUGA